GCAGCCGCGCAUUACUACACAAUGUCGUAGUGUUUGUUUUUGUCGUAGUGGUUUUUGUUGACCUCAGUGCGUGUUGGAACUCGUUAACUUUGGAAACGCUAUUUUGAGAUUGUCACGCUUGUAGGCGUUGCGAACAACAGAUUAUGUAAAAGAUCGGAGUACGUGAAACGGAGGAAAAUUGUAGCCUAUAACAAUGAGCGUGCAGGAGCCUUGCGCAGCAAGUGGUUCCAACCGAGAUACCGAGGGCACAUCAGCUGCAGAUCUGGACUGUGCCGUUUGUCUUCAGAAGUGUAACCAUCCUGCGAAGUUACCCUGCGGUCAUGUCUUCUGCUUCUUAUGCGUUAAAGGAAUAUCUUAUCAAAAUCGACGGUGCGCUAUGUGUAGACAGGUAAUUCCACGGGAAUUCAUCGAGCAGCCCGAGCUCCUUCCAGAACCCUUACCUGGCCCUGAAGUCGCAUUUGAAGGGUACCAGUGGUUUUACGAGGGCCGGAACGGCUGGUGGCAAUACGAUGAGAGGACAAGCACAGAGUUGGAAGCCGCAUCGAAGCGUUCAGCGCGAAGGUGUGAAGUCCUGAUAGCUGGCUUCAUCUACGUCAUCGACUUUGACCAAAUGGUUCAACAUCGGCGCGAUCAUCCCUCUCGGCGUCGCAGGAUCAAGAGGGACUUGAUCUCCAUACCAAAGAAAGGUAUCGCGGGAAUACGCACCGAACCAGCAGCAGCAGAGGAUGCCCCUACCGACGGUGCGGCGACCCCGUCAGCGGCGGAACCCACGUGUCCCGUUCCGGUCCCUGAAGUAGCCGCGGCAUGCACUGUCACCGUCGCUCGGGAUGAUGUGGCGGGGUCGGUACGGGGAACAGAGCUCCACCAACCUACGAGCGAUGCUCUGAGCGAUCACUCGUACGUUGCUUGCAGAAGUUCAGCACGCGUGGUUGAAGAACUUGUUGAGGAAGUGCCAGCACUGGACAUCGUGGAGCAUGCCGCCAUCAGAAAUGUUGUGUACGAUCUGGCCAGAGAGGAGGGUGAAGUUGCCGAAGUACCGAUCCGACCGCCGUCGACUCGGAGGCGCAGGGCGCCGCGGAGGUGGUACUACGAGGACUUCUUGUAGCGUCGUUGUGGCUCCUCAGUUUUAUUUGUGAUAGAUCUUUGCCUCCUCAGAAAGCUUGUGGGGCUCAAAAUAUCCUGUACAGUACUGACACAGGCGCAGAGGCAUUGUUGCAUUGUUCUCAACUGCCUCAGCAUCUGUUCCCUCCUGUUCUGUUACCGUAACUCCUCCUGGUAGCAGAACAGCGAAAUACUUUUGAAGCCGGAAUAUCAUUUGUGUUUAUUUGUUUGCAGAAACCACUAUGCUCUGUGGCAGUGACCUAACUAAAGCUAUAAGCAUGUGUGCUUUUUUUUCGUGUGAUGCGAAAAACUUCGUGGCUGCUCGUAAAAACGAGGACUAUGCUUGUAGCGCCAUCUGUCGAGGUGCUUUGGAAAGAAAAUUUUUGCAACGAGCACGAAAUCAUGUCCCUCAAUUUAGUUCGUGCAUCAGGGCAGCUUGUAGAGUGCCUUCUUUGAUCUUGUGCGGUCCUAAAAAAAUAAUAUAAACACAAUUUGGAAAUUGCAAGGAGAGAUUUGUACAAUUACUUUUGGUGUGUCUAUUUACGUUAAAAGCCCCGAGAUGGGACACUGCAUAAUGGAGGGGCGUGCUAUACAUAGCAAAUACUCUUACAAUUACAUUGUUUGUCCAUGUUGUCGAGGUCCAUGUGUAUUGUCAUGUACCUAUUUAUGUGACUUUAGGGACCAUGUGUAACGCAGGUCAGGAGCUAUUUUGGGCUAUUUUUAGCACGGUUAUUUGUAGCAUCAGCCCUUGCUUUCGGCAUAAUUGACAUCAUCUUCAACACCGUGGUGACGAGAUGCUACUGUCUGUGCAGUUGGCUACAGAUGUUCCGCCUCUCCGUGUAAGCUGUCUUUACAUAUAGGGGAUAAAAUGGCAUGUUCUUUUUACAUAAAUACGUUUGAAGGUACACCAGGAUAAAACAAGUUUCUUCAGUGUACAUGCUUCCAUGCUGUGUAGUGCACCGAAAAGUGUUCCAGUAAAGACUUGUAUUAAUUUU